UCAUUUUGUAAAUUAUUUAUAUAUGGUGACAAAAUUGUCAUGAAGCAUGCGGGUUAUUGGUUCUAGUCCAUAACGAAAUCCAGAAUAGGGACAACACGAAUACGACAGAUAAGAUGGAGCUCCAGAAUCCGGUGAUAACUCUUCUUGUGCAUGCUCUCAGGGUUUUCAACGUGAACCGAAUUAAGUGCGAUGUCCACUGCUGUCAUGGGUCGCCGUUCUCCUCAGAAGACAGUUUGAGCGAAGUCAUAAAUGAUAUAUGCAAUACGCCUGAGCCACCUGCUUACAAAGACAAUGAACUUGACCUAUCAGCAAAGAAAGACUCCAAACGGUGCCACAUCCCAUAUUUAGGUGGUACAGCACUUGCCUUUGGUAUUUCCACAGGAAACAUCCAGAGGGCUUGUCACAGUCUUCACUGCAUCAGUUGUGAUUUUAGGGUCUCUGUAUUUGAUGGAUGUAUGUGGGACAAUGACAUAGACUACUACUUCUUCAGAGACUCUGCUCCAGAUUUCAAUAAGCUUUGUUCGAAACUCUUAGCAAAGCAGGGGUCCCGAGCAUAUGCGUGUCAGUGCCAAUGGCGCUCUAUAACGACAGCUGUAAAUGUUGAGGAUGAAGGACUGCCUUGGGUCUGUGGAAAGCACUGAUGUCUCUUACGAUUCUGCUGUUCUAUCAAGAGUCAACAUAAGCAUAGCUCCUUAUUUUAUUGACAAGCAAAAAUUGGGCAAUAAACGUGCUCCCACGCUUGGCUGCUGUACACUGUUAAGCCUUCGCCUGUGUCAGCUGAGAAGCUGCAGAGUGCAGAGGUGAAUAGCAGUCUCUCAUUAUGUCAUGCUGGAAGGGAAAAAGAAUUA